AUUUUUGAUGGUGAUCCUGGGGUAGUUGAACCGUUCACAACAUUUUAUUUUACUGCCAAAUCAAUGACAAAAUCCAAGAAAAACUCGGGCCUCGGAAGAGCUAUCAUUCGCGACCGUUUUAAAAAUGGCACUCGUCCACGUGAUGGAGAUACGACUUUGCAUACCACAGACCUGAACGAUGGAUCAAGCUGGACUCGAUUACAAUCAGUCACUCAACAGAGAGAUCUUGAUGAAUUCUUGGAUACGGCCCAAUUAGCUGGACAUUCGUUUGCUGCCGAACGCCAGAACGUUAAAAUAGUCACAAAUGCAUAUCAAAACCCGUUUCUCUUAACUACUGAUAAGGAGAAAGAAGUUAUUACGAGGCAUGAGGAGAACAGAGACAAACUAACAAUACCGAGAAGGCCGAAAUGGACCAAGUCCACAACGCCGGAACAGCUAGAGAUUGACGAAAGGGAAGCAUUUCUGAAUUGGCGAAGAGGUCUAGCGUAUCUACAAGAAAUGGAAGACUUUCUUCUUACUCCAUUUGAGCGAAAUAUUGAAGUAUGGCGUCAAUUAUGGAGAGUGAUUGAACGAUCAGACUUGGUCGUUCAAAUAGUCGAUGCGCGAAAUCCAUUAUUUUUCAGAUCAAGUGAUUUGGAAAGAUACGUGAACGAAGUCGACGAGAAAAAGAAGAAUUUAUUACUAAUCAACAAAGCCGACUUGUUAACUGCUGAACAGAGGAAUAAGAUAUACAUUCUUUUCGGCAUUAAUGGCAAAAGAGAACCAACGCCAUUACAAAAAGAAGUUCAUAUCUGCGACACUUCUGAUCUGAUUCUUUUAUUGUCAUCUGAAGUCAAAGAUUUUUUAAUCAAUUCACAGAAGGCGACAAUAGGUCUAGUUGGUUAUCCUAACGUUGGAAAAUCUUCCACGAUCAACUCACUUCUUGGUGAGAAACGAGUCUCAAUUUCCGCAACACCUGGGAAAACCAAGCAUUUUCAAACCAUUCACCUGACGCCGUCUCUUGUUCUUUGCGACUGUCCCGGGUUGGUAUUCCCCAAUUUUGCCACCACCAAUGCUGAAAUGGUUUGUAAUGGUGUCCUACCGAUUGAUCAGAUGAGGGAACAUACUGGACCAGUCGCGUUGGUUGCAAGGAGAAUACCAAAGGAAAUAUUACAAGCUAUAUAUGGGAUAACAAUAAAGACGAGGAGUGAAGAGGAGGGUGGAGACAAUAUACCGACUGCUGAAGAAUUAUUAAGUGCAUAUGCCGUUGCAAGGGGAUUAACAACUUCUGGAUAUGGAGCUCCGGAUGAGCCACGGGCGGCACGCUAUAUUUUAAAGGAUUAUGUGAAUGGCAAACUUCCGUACUGUCACCCACCUCCGAUAGAUAUAACACCAGAGGAAUUUAAUAGCAAGCUUCAUGAUCCUAGACUAUAUUUCAAAUCUCGGAAGGACACUACAGUUCAGCAAUCUGAAUCUACAGUCAAUUCUGUUAGCACAAGCACGCUUGAUCAAACGAGUGAUAAAGUAAAGGCUAUAGAUAAGAGCUUUUUUAGUACAACGACGGCUGGAGCGCAUGCGACAGGGCGUAAUUUUGGGCAAAGAGAAUUCACCAGAGCUGACGCGUAUCCUAUAUACGGAAGAAUCGCAAACGAUGGAAAUGUCUUGACGGAUACGGCACAAGCACCAACAGCAAAGAAUCUGGGGAAAAGGCAUCACAAGAAGGGGAAAGGUGGUAAAAAUAGGAAGGAAAAUCCUUAUGGUGUUUAA